UUUUUUUUUUCCAGCGCCUAAGCCUUAAUACAAUUAAGGGUCCUUUGGAACUAAUUUGAUAUUCAUCAAAAGCAAAGAUAGAAAAGUUCCUUGCUACAUGAUGAAAGGCAGUUCUAAAAUUUGGAUAAUAUAUUUUCACGGAAAUUCUCAAGAUUUAUAUGGAGCAUCUUAAUUUAUGUAAUAAUUAAAAGAUGCCUCUGAAAAAGAAUUCAAUAUAUUAGCAAUAGAAUAUCCUGACUAUGGCCUAUAUAAAGAUGCAGAGCCUACUGAAGAAAAUAUUUAGUAAGAUGCACUUGCUGCUUACGACUAUAUCGAGAACACAUAAGAGAAUGCAGAGAUUUAUUUAAUGGGAAGGUCAAUGGGUACAGGUCCAGCUUGCUAUUUGGCUAAUCUCAAUAAAGGAAAAGGUUUAAUAUUAAUAUCAGCAUACGCUUCAUUCAGCAAAAUUGCACAUGAAUAUGCGGGUAUUUUUGGAGCACUAGUUAAAGAUAGAUUUUAGAAUGUGAAUUAUGCAAAAAACAUAACAAUUCCUACUCUCUUAAUUCAUGGCCUAGCUGACGAUAUCAUUAAGUAUACUUAAACAAUCGAAAUAUAUGAUAAUUUGCGCUCGAUUGUUAAGCCAAUAUAUCUGAAUCAGGACAUGACUCAUACUAAAUACGAUAUGAUCAAAGACAUAAGUGAACCAUUAGAAGAUUUCUUUAAUUUAGUAACAAAUAAAUGA